CUCUUGAAAAUCUUCGACAUCCUACUAACCACCAGGACCUCGACCAAGCCGCCAAGAUGGGUGCCCUCAAGUACGUCGAAGAGCUUCAGAAGAAGAAGCAGUCGGAUGUCGUUGCCUUCCUCCUCCGAGUUCGCUGCUGGGAACUCCGUCAAUUGAACGUCAUCCACCGUGCCUCUCGUCCUUCCCGUCUGGACAAGGCUCGCCGUCUCGGAUACAAGGCCAAGCAGGGCUAUGUCAUCUACCGUGUCCGCGUCCGCCGUGGUGGUCGCAAGCGCCCUGCCCCCAAGGGUGCCACUUACGGCAAGCCCACCAACCAGGGUAUCAACCAGCUGAAGUACCAGCGAUCACUCAAAGCUACCGCCGAGGAGCGUGUCGGCCGCCGAUGCGCUAACCUCCGAGUCCUCAACUCUUACUGGAUCAACCAGGACUCUACCUACAAGUACUACGAGGUCAUCCUCGUCGACCCCCAGCACAAGGCCAUCCGCAUCGACCCCCGCAUCAACUGGAUCGUCAACCCCGUCCACAAGCACCGCGAGGCUCGUGGUCUUACCGCCACCGGCAAGAAGUCCCGUGGUCUCAACAAGGGUCACAGAUACAACAAGACCAAGGCUGGCCGCAGAAAGACCUGGAAGCGCCACAACACCCUGUCCCUCUGGCGAUACCGAUAAGCGUCUCGCCCCCUGGCUGGGACGUUUGUUGUUUUCGCACCACGGCUGUCUGGUUGUACAUGCGAUUUCGAUUUGGGAGGGUCUGGUUUUGGCACUGCAUGCUUGGACUCUGGGGAGUCGGGAACCUUGUUUGGUAGCACAAAAAAUGGAAUCAAAAGUAAUUCCAAUUUCAUGAUUAAGAUUAAGAAUACCUACGGUUUCCCGGCUGAAUAUUGCUUCCCAAGAUGUGAUGUGACUGAUCUUAUUGUUCUCUGAUAUAUCAACCGAAGCCCAAGUCUACUCUAAAACUCUAAAUUGAAGGAUCAAUUGAUAUCAUUCACAAA